ACAGAAAAUACUAAAAUUAAAAAGAUUCUAUCAGAUUCAUGAAUGUUAGUUAUCACUGAAAGCCAAAAACCUCUUCUCUUCGUUCACACUUCCACCACCAAAAAACUAAGCAUUUCUCCAUCUAGGUUAGUCGUUGAUUCUUCACGUUGAAUCAAUUUCAGGGUAACGAGCAUAAAAAAUCAGAGGAAAAGUUAAAGUAUGAGCAAUCUAAGAACCCUAUGUAGGACUCACACGGUGUUUUCCUUUAUUAAUUGCAGACACCAAUUUCGAUUGAGGGCUUCGUUUUGGAACCCUAAUUCCAAGCCCCUUUUGCAAUCUUCUUUGUUGUAUUCUACAUGGCUCGUUUCUUCGGGUUCGAGCAGACCCAUGGCACGGUUUCGUUUGAAUCAGAAGAGAACUGUGACGAAAGCAUCAAAUUGGGAUGAACAAAAGUCCCCAUAUGAAACUCUUGAAUUGGAAGGAGAUGCUGAUGACGAGCAGAUAAAGAUUGCUUAUAGACGUUUGGCCAAAUUUUAUCAUCCAGAUGUCUAUAAUGGAAGAGGAACCCUUGAGGAAGGUGAAACAGCAGAAGCUAGGUUCAUCAAGAUUCAAGCUGCUUAUGAAUUGCUUAUAGAUGCAGAGAGGAGAAGACAGUAUGACAUGGACAACCGGGUCAACCCUCUGAAGGCAUCUCAAGCAUGGAUGGAUUGGCUUAUGAAAAAACGAAAAGCUUUUGAUCAGCGGGGUGAUAUGGCAAUUGCUGCUUGGGCAGAACAGCAACAGCGCGAGUUGAAUAUUCGCGUGCGUCAACUUUCCCGUUCAAAGAUUGAUCCAGAUGAAGCAAGGAAGAUUCUAGCAAGAGAAAAGAAGGCUUCAGCUGAAUAUUUCAGCAAUACCCUUAAAAGGCACACACUUAUACUGAAGAAGAGAGAUUUAAUGCGAAAAAAGGCAGAGGAAGAUAAGAAGAAGACUAUCAGCCAGCUCUUAGCCGCAGAAGGUCUUGAGCUUGAUACUGAUAGUGAUGAAGCAUUGUAGUGAACAUGGGAUGGGUUUCCACUUACAAGUAGCUAAUAUGUGAUCCAAUACCAUAUUGUCUCUCUCCACGGAUCUCAUUAUUCUUUAAUUAUUAUACAUAAUAUAUAUAUAUAUAUAUAUAUAUAUAUGUACAUAUAUUUUGUUGCAUCCAGACUAAAUUGAAAGUGAUUUUAUCUUUGCAA